AUGAUCUCGUUACUCCGUAGUCAAGCCUCUUUAAGAGCCAUCCCUAGAUGCUCACAAGCCAGCUUUAGACGUAUGAAUAGCUCUCAAGCAAAAGGAGCCUUUGAAGGUAUCAAGAACGCCAAUGGAAACUAUCUUGUUACUAUGAUUGCUGGUGACGGCAUAGGACCGGAAAUCGCAAAAUCUGUUGAACAAGUCUUCGCUGCUGCAAAGGUCCCUAUUGAAUGGGAACCUGUCAAGGUUUACCCUCUUUUAAAAAAUGGAACAACCGCUAUUCCCGAAGAUGCUGCUGAGUCGGUGAGAAAGAACAAGGUUGCUUUGAAGGGACCUUUAGCAACUCCAGUCGGCAAAGGACAUGUUUCUAUGAACCUUACUCUUCGUAGAACUUUUGGACUUUUUGCAAACGUUCGUCCUUGCGUUUCCAUUAACGGCUAUAAAACCCCUUAUGACAAUGUCCACACGGUUUUAAUUCGUGAAAACACCGAAGGUGAAUACUCCGGUAUUGAGCAUGAAGUCGUUCCUGGCGUUGUUCAAUCUAUCAAGCUGAUUACUCGUGCUGCUUCUGAACGCGUCGUUCGCUAUGCUUUCCAAUAUGCUCGUCAAAUCGGCAAAGACAACAUCACCGUGGUUCACAAGGCUACCAUCAUGAAAAUGGCUGACGGUUUGUUCCUUGACACCGCAAAGCAAAUUGCUCCCGAAUUCCCUGAUAUUAAAUUGAAUGAGCAAAUUCUUGACGAUACUUGCCUCAACAUUGUUACCGAUCCCGUUCCCUACAAUGACACUGUCAUGGUUAUGCCCAACUUGUACGGUGAUAUCGUUUCUGACUUGUGUGCUGGUCUGAUUGGUGGUCUUGGAUUAACUCCCUCCGGUAACAUCGGUAAGGAUGCCUCCAUUUUUGAAGCUGUUCACGGAACUGCUCCUGAUAUUGCUGGAAAGAGUCUUGCCAACCCCACUGCUUUGCUUCUUUCCUCCAUCAUGAUGUUGAGACAUAUGAAUUUGAAUGAGCACGCUGCUAAAAUUGAGACAGCUAUAUUUGAUACCCUUGCCAACAGUCCCGAAUCUCGUACCAAGGACCUGGGAGGUAAAUCUUCGAACGUCGAAUACACAGAAGCCAUCAUUUCCCGCCUCAAGUAA